GAGCCGGAGGCGCUGCCCCUGCCCCGUCGGAACAUCGCCCGGCUCGGCGCCGCCAUGUCCGGCACCAGCAGCCCCGAAGCCGUGAAGAAACUGCUGGAAAACAUGCAGGGAGACCUGCGGGGCCUGAGCCUGGAGUGCAGGAAAAAAUUUCCUCCCGUCAAGGAGGCUGCUGAAUCAGGAAUAAUAAAAGUGAAAACAAUAGCUGCACGGAACACUGAUAUUUUGGCAGCACUGAAAGAGAACAGCUCAGAGGUAGUUCAGCCUUUUCUCAUGGGUUGUGGAACAAAGGAACCAAAGAUCACUCAGCUGUGUCUAGCAGCCAUACAAAGACUCAUGUCCCAUGAAGUUGUUUCAGAGGCUGCAGCAGGAAACAUUAUAAACAUGCUUUGGCAACUGAUGGAAAAUAGUCUUGAAGAACUGAAAUUGCUUCAGACAGUUCUUGUUCUUUUAACAACCAAUACAGUUGUGCACGAUGAAGCACUAUCCAAGGCAAUUGUACUUUGCUUUCGAUUGCACUUCACAAAAGAUAAUAUCACAAAUAACACUGCAGCAGCUACAGUGCGACAGGUAGUUACUGUGGUGUUUGAGAGAGUGGUUGCUGAAGAUGAACGAUACAAAGACAUUAUUGAACAGCCAGUUGCAGUUCAAGGAAAUAGUAACAGAAGAUCUGUCAGUACUCUGAAGCCAUGUGCUAAAGAUGCAUAUAUGCUUUUUCAGGAUCUUUGUCAGUUAGUUAAUGCUGAUGCUCCUUACUGGCUUGUUGGUAUGACAGAAAUGACCCGAACUUUUGGCCUUGAACUUCUUGAGUCAGUCCUCAAUGACUUUCCACAAGUGUUUUUACAACAUCAAGAAUUCAGUUUUCUUCUUAAAGAAAGAGUAUGCCCUCUCGUUAUAAAGCUCUUCUCCCCAAAUAUAAAAUUCAGACAAGGUUCUAGCACAUCAUCUUCCCCAGCACCAGUGGAAAAACCAUAUUUUCCCAUCUGUAUGCGCUUGCUAAGAGUAGUUUCUGUUUUGAUUAAGCAGUUUUACAGUUUGCUGGUGACGGAAUGUGAAAUAUUUCUGUCAUUGCUGGUUAAGUUUCUGGAUGCAGACAAACCACAGUGGCUAAGAGCUGUUGCAGUAGAAUCUAUUCACAGGCUUUGUGUGCAGCCUCAGCUAUUAAGGUCCUUUUGUCAGUCCUAUGAUAUGAAGCAACAUUCCACUAAAGUUUUCCGGGAUAUUGUGAAUGCAUUGGGGUCCUUCAUCCAAUCUCUAUUUCUUGUACCAAGUACAGGGAAUACAUCAGUGACACCAAACCAAACUGGAAGCAAUGCAUCAGGGAGCACUGGAUCAGCACAGACAAACCCAGGAGUGCUUGGAAUGGGAGGUGGUGCAACUGUAUUACCUGCCUUUGAAUACAGAGGUACCUGGAUACCUAUCUUGAAUGUAACAGUACAAGGCAGUGCUAAAGCUACCUAUUUGGAAAUGCUGGACAAAGUGGAACCACCUACAAUUCCUGAAGGCUAUGCUAUGUCAGUGGCAUUUCACUGUUUACUGGAUCUUGUCCGUGGUAUCACUACCAUGAUUGAAGGAGAGUUGGGAGAGGCAGAAACAGGCAGUCAAAGCACAGCAGAGACAACUUCAUUACCAGCACAGUCUUCAGAGCAUCAGGACUUGCAGUCUUUAUCUGACCAGUCAGACAAAGAACUAGUUAGCAGAGCUGUCUGGGAAGAAAUGGUAAAUGCAUGUUGGUGUGGUCUUCUUGCUGCAUUGUCUCUCCUACUUGAUGCAAGCACUGAUGAAGCUGCUACUGAAAAUAUUUUAAAAGCAGAAUUAACUAUGGCUGCACUCUGUGGAAGACUAGGUCUUGUAACAUCAAGAGAUGCCUUCAUUACUGCCAUUUGCAAGGGAUCCUUACCUCCUCACUAUGCUCUUACUGUAUUAAAUAGCACAACUGCAGCUCUGUCCAGCAAAUCAUAUUCCAUUCAGGGACAGAAUGUUCAAAUGAUCAGUCCCUCAAGCGAGUCUCAUCAGCAAGUUGUGGCAGUAGGACAGCCCUUAGCUCUUCAGCCACAAGGAACAGUAAUGCUGACUUCAAAAAAUAUCCAGUGUAUGAGGACAUUGCUCAACUUAGCUCACUGCCAUGGGGCUGUUCUUGGUACAUCGUGGCAACUUGUCUUGGCUACUCUUCAGCAUCUUGUGUGGAUUCUGGGACUGAAACCUGGUGUUGGGGGUGCCUUAAAACCUGGAAGAGCUGUAGAAGGGCCCAGCACAGUUCUGACUACAGCAGUUAUGACUGAUCUACCAGUUAUAUCCAGCAUACUAUCAAGACUUUUUGAAAGCUCGCAGUACCUUGAUGAUGUAUCUUUGCAUCACUUAAUAAAUGCCCUUUGUUCCUUGUCUCUGGAAGCCAUGGAUAUGGCCUAUGGAAACAAUAAGGAGCCAUCCCUUUUUGCUGUUGCUAAAUUACUGGAAACAGGACUAGUUAACAUGCACAGGAUUGAGAUUCUUUGGAGACCUCUGACGGGUCAUCUUCUGGAGAAGGUUUGUCAGCAUCCCAACUCCAGAAUGAGAGAAUGGGGAGCAGAAGCUUUAACCUCUCUUAUCAAAGCAGGACUGACAUUCAGCCACGAUCCUCCAUUAUCACAGAAUCAGAGACUGCAGCUACUUCUACUGAAUCCACUCAAGGAGUUGUCAAACAUCAGUCAUCCUGAUAUCAGGAUCAAGCAGUUGGAGUGUGUGCUACAGAUUUUACAGAGUCAGGGUGACAGCUUAGGACCUGGUUGGCCAUUAGUCCUUGGAGUCAUGGGAGCAAUAAGAAGUGAUCAGGGAGAGUCCUUAAUACGGACUGCAUUCCAGUGUCUUCAGUUGGUUGUGACCGACUUUCUUCCAACAAUGCCAUGUACUUGCCUGCAGAUAGUUGUUGAAGUUGCAGGAAGCUUUGGUCUUCACAAUCAAGAGCUAAAUAUUAGCUUAACUUCAAUUGGUUUGUUGUGGAAUAUUUCAGAUUAUUUUUUCCAAAGAGGUGAAAUAAUUGAAAAGGAACUUAACAAAGAAGAAGCAGUGUUGCAGAAGCAGGCAGAAGAAAAGGGGGUGGUUCUGAAUAGACCUUUUCAUCCCGCACCACCGUUUGACUGUCUUUGGUUGUGUUUAUAUGCUAAACUUGGAGAACUCUGUGUGGAUCCCCGACCUGCAGUUAGAAAGAGUGCUGGGCAGACAUUGUUUUCCACCAUUGGUGCUCAUGGAACUUUGUUGCAACAUUCAACAUGGCACACAGUGAUAUGGAAGGUUUUAUUCCACCUGCUGGAUAGGGUUCGAGAAUCUUCUACUACAGCUGACAAAGAGAAGAUUGAAUCAGGAGGAGGCAACAUCCUUAUCCAUCAUUCAAGAGAUACAGCUGAGAAACAGUGGGCUGAAACAUGGGUAUUAACACUGGCUGGAGUUGCAAGAAUAUUUAAUACCCGGAGAUACUUACUGCAGCCUUUAGGAGACUUCUCCCAGGCCUGGGAUGUUCUUCUUGAUCACAUUCAAUCAGCAGCACUCAGCAAAAAUAAUGAAGUUUCCUUGGCUGCUCUGAAAAGCUUCCAGGAAAUCUUACAAAUAGUUUCUCCAGCCCGAGACUCAGAGAAGCCUGACACACCACCUGCUAUUAAUGUUUCUGUACCUGUGGUGGUAGGAGCAACAACUGCCACUAGUCUUGGGAGAUCAUUCAUGAGAACUGACUCCAUAGGAGAAAGAAUGGGAAGAUACAGUGGAGCUGAACUACCUGCAGUAACAGAUGAGAUCGAAGAUCUGAAUCUUUGGUGGGCAGCUUGGAACAGCUGGUACAGGAUUGGUUCAGAAAGUACAAAGCCUCCAAUUACUUGUGAUAAAUUGACUUUCAUUCCCAGCCAGCCUUUUCUUACAGCUUUAAUUCAGAUAUUCCCAGCUCUUUACCAACACAUCAAAACUGGUUUCAGCAUGGAUGAUCUCCAAAAGCUGGGUAUCAUUUUGCAUGGUGCAGUUUCAGUUCCAAUCAGUUCUGAUGCUUCCCCUUUCAUCCUUCCAUCUUACACCGAAGCAGUUCUGACAAGUUUACAGGAAGCAGUGCUUACAGCUUUAGAUGUUUUACAAAAGGCUAUAUGUGUGGGCUCAGAAAAUAUGCAGAUAAUGUAUCCUGCAAUCUUUGAUCAGCUGUUGGCCUUUGUAGAAUUUUCAUGCAAGCCUCCACAGUAUGGACAGCUGGAAACAAAGCACAUUGCAAAUGCAAAGUAUAAUCAGAUACAACUUUUUGCACCGGCGGAAUGGGUAGCACUGAAUUAUGUACCAUUUGCUGAGAGAUCGUUGGAAGUGGUUGUGGACUUGUACCAAAAAACAGCUUGCCAUAAAGCUGUUGUAAAUGAGAAAGUUCUUCAGAACAUUAUUAAGACGCUGAGAAUACCUCUUAGUCUGAAGUACUCCUGUCCUUCUGAAAGCACAUGGAAGCUCGCUGUUUCCUCUCUUCUCAAAGUGCUUUCUAUUGGACUACCAGUUGCAAGGCAGCAUGCAUCUUCUGGAAAAUUUGACAGCAUGUGGCCAGAGUUAGCCAAUACAUUUGAAGACUUUUUAUUCACUAAAAGUGCACCUCCUGAUAAUCUCUCAAUUCAAGAAUUUCAGAAGAAUGAGAGUAUUGAUGUUGAGGUGGUGCAGCUUAUUAGUACGGAGAUACUGCCAUAUGCUAAUUUUAUUCCUAAGGAAUUUGUUGGUCAAAUAAUGACUAUGCUCAAUAAAGGCUCAAUACACUCUCAGUCAUCUUCAUUUACAGAGGCGGAAAUAGAUAUUCGAUUGAGAGAGGAGUUUUCUAAGGUGUGUUUUGAAACACUGCUCCAGUUUUCAUUCAGUAAUAAAGUCACAACUCCUCAGGAAGGCUACAUCUCUAGAAUGGCACUUUCUGUGCUCUUGAAAAGGUCACAGGAUGUAUUACAUCGCUACAUAGAAGACGAGAGGUUGAGUGGCAAAUGUCCUCUUCCACGGCAACAAGUAACAGAAAUCAUAUUUGUUUUAAAAGCUGUCAGUACUCUCAUAGACUCGCUUAAAAAAACUCAGCCUGAAAAUGUUGAUGCUAACACAUGGGCACAAGUUAUUGCCUUGUACCCGACUUUAGUAGAAUGUAUCACCUGCUCCUCAUCAGAAGUGUGUUCUGCUCUGAAAGAGGCAUUAGUUCCUUUUAAGGACUUCAUGCAUCCACCAGCAUCCAAGAAUACCUGUCUUAGGCUUGGAAUGAGCUAAGCGACUUGGCCAUGACCAGUGAUAUUUCCAAAGCUGACAUCUUCAAGAUUGCUGAAGCUGGUGAGGAUGACAGACUGUUGGGAAACCUGGCAUUGCCUUCUCUGUUGUUUUUAAUGUUAGCUGUUUCUUGGAACUGUUAAAGUUGUCAAGGAAUUACUUAAGUUUCUGGCUUCCUUGCCGGAGGAUUUUCCCUUCUUUCCCCCAUCACGGCGGGUCGUAUCAGGAAAGGGACUGAGACCCCACAAAAAAUAGCACUCAAAACUGGAUUGCCACCAAUAGAAGACCUUUACAAUGCACAGACAAAAGUCUGCUUCUGAUCAUCUUUCACAAGGAAGCAUGGAAAGGGACAGGAAUAUUAUGCACAUAGUACUACUCGUAUGUACAUGUACAAAGAACCGGCUUCUGGAGUACAUCAGAAGUAUUACUUGCAGAUAUGCUUACUGAACAUCUGUUCAUGCCUCCGGGUUUGGCGUUGUAGCAUGAUAUGGCACUGCCUUACCUCUAAAAUGAUCCCUCGACUCUGUGCACAGUACUGCACUGGAACAAAUGAGGAAAGACGUUUACAUUUCUUUUAGAGAAGUCUUAUUUAAAUAUUUUCUCAUAAAAUACGAAAUCAAUAACCUGUGUCAAAGCCGAAUGCGCUAUAAUGUCUUAAAUUUUUAAGCAGUUAUGUGUUGCCAAAGCCUUAAAGAGAAUGCAGUGAGCUGAUGAAGUAGUAUGCAGCCCUGCCUUGUGAGACUGACAAGCAAGUUUUUGAAGAGUUAAAGCAUGGUCUGAUUGCAACUCAGUUGUACUUUAUCCAGCUGAAGUCAAUCAGUUCAAAGUUGGAGACAGAUUAGGAGCUGAAAAAGAAGAAAGCUUGCUUUUUUCCUCUUCCAUGCAUAGGACUGAUCUGUGAGGGUAAAAUGCUUUUUGUCUAAAAGCUGAAGGCAGUAGUAGCUACAGUUCUGUCUUCCUUUUAACACUAUGUAUUUCCUGAAUGCAUCUGGCACACCUGAAACAGAUUGAUGUAAGAAAAUUAAUUUGAAUGCCUUUCUCCUUUGCAAAUUCUAUUUUGCAUCCAAAUAGAGCCCUGUGCUAACUAACAGGAUGUUAAAUCGUUGGGAAAAAUGUACUUAGAACAUUUUCUGGAAAACAAAAAAAUUGGAUUUAAAAAAUAAGAUACUGAAUUACUAAUUAUGUAAAAUGCAUUUCCUACUUGGAAAAGAUGGCAAUCUUAGCACAAAGGCUAUUGUUUAAUUGCAAGCAAACAUUUAAAUAAUUGCUAACAAAGGAGCAGUCUUUUUGGAAAGAUAAAUACAAGUGCAAAAUAAGGCAAAAAAUAUAGCUCCAUGCUUAUUUUCAUCAUUA